CCGGAAACGAUUGGAAGCAGACGCAACAAAAUGGCGCUGUCCUUGUUAAGAUGUUGUUCCAGGCUGAAUCCAACCUUUAGUUUUACUCGGUCGGUUUUGAAUCAAAAUGUGGUUCUGAACCGGUUCUGUAAAACCCGGCUGAGGGGGUCAAUCCCAGAAGGACGUUUCUGCAGCUCGCAGGAAAAAACUAAGAUCUUCGAGUUAAGCUUCAUGAACCCGAUCCGGUGGUUACGAACUCGGAUUAACUGUUUUUUGAUCCGAAUCUACUUUGACAAGGAGUUCAGCGUCGAGGAGUUCACGGAAGGAGCGACGCAGGCCUUUUCUCACGUGUCCGGGCUGCUGUCCCGGUGUCAGUUCGAAGCUCUGGAGGGGCUCGUGGAUGAAGAUCUGAUCGAGAAGCUGGCGGGAAAGUGUUGCUUUCUGUCGUCCAGCCACAAGGAAGCUCUGUCUGCAAAUCCUGACGACAUCCUCUUCAUGAUCCUGAGAGACGUCCGGAUCUUCUACGACAACGAGAGGAAGUUCGUCCGUAUCCUCAUGCACUUCUGGUACGUGACGAGCGCGUGGCUUCCUGGGGAAAUAGAAUUUCCUAGAAGUAAGUUCUUUAAGAGAGACGAUGAAAACGAGACAACUGAGAGGAUUCUCGAAGCGAUUUAUGAAUUCCAGAAGGAGUUCACCCAAGGAGCACCUUCAGACUGGACCAUUACCAGGAUAGAGCAUUCCAAAUUUUUGCCUUAGGCUUUAGAUUUAACACGGGUCCCACUGCAAACUCCUCAAAUGCAGGAAACUCCUCAGUGUUUGUUUCAAUAACUUGAGUGAAAACGGGACCGAACUCCUGACCGGAAGGACCCACAACGAAUCUGGAUGUUCGAUUAUGUUUUUUGAUUAAAUAUUAUUUUGUUAUGUGUGGAUUUGUGCCGUUAAGAUAAACUGUUGCUGUUAAAAUAUAUGAACGCAUUGAUCAACACACUUCAUGUUGCUGCUGCAGAGCUUUGAUUUGU